AAUCUAACGGUAAAAAAAUAGAGGGAGAUGAAUGUAGUUGGUAAAAUUUUCAUCUUCUUCUUCAUCUCAGCGGGCUGAACCACUCAACCACCGCCACAACGACAGUGAAAUAAUGGAUGAACAGUUCGAAGGCGAUGAUCCUUCGAUCCCUAUUGCAAGGGGUGGCCCCAUUUACAUCGCCAAUAUGGUUAACUCCUCCAUAACUAGCGUUCAUCUUUUUCAACAUCGACUUCUUUAUCAAGUGAAGAUUCUACAAGCUGAGCUAUCUCAACAUUCUUCUUCUUCUUCUACUUCUCAUCAUGAUGAUGAUGAUAUCUCUGUGGAUGACCUUAAACUAUUUACACAAGAUGAGUUAAUGGACAUGGCUUUCAAACAAGCCUUUCAGGGUAGAGAGAACAACGAAAACCGUCCACCUAAUGCAAGGUGUCCGGAGAAGAAUCACAGGAAAACAAGACGUGGACCAAAUAAUCCCAUUCUUGAUAGUAAUUGUACAGAAAAGGUGGAGAAGGUUGUGAGAAUCAAACAGAAGCAGGAAGAAGACAAGGCGAAAGUCAAACAUCAUUCAUUUGGGAUAAAUGAAUCUUCCAAUAGACCAGUAAGAACAGAAAGGAUGAUGUCUCUCCGGUCCACAAGUUCUUCCAUGAAGGUCAACACAGGAGGACUUCAGGAGCACAUACCUUUGCAUGAUCCAGAAGUUGUUCUUUCUGUGGAGAUUUACCAUAAUGUUCAAAAAGGUGUCAAGACCCAAGAGUUGCUAAUUCUUGGUGAACAGACGUUAACCGGAUUGAGGGACAAGAUCUGUUGCUCAACAGACCAGGUUAUGCAGAAAGCUGGACAGCAUGAUCCUUCUGGUUAUUUUCUCAUUGAGGAUGUAUUUUACACUGAUUUGAGGGAUACAUCUGCUAUUGAUUUGACCAGACCUAUAUUCGAUUGGCUCCGAAACUCCAAGGAGGAGGCACAGAAGAAAUGGGAAUAUAUUAUAAAUGGAGAACUACAGAAGAAACAAAAGGCAGUCCUUGGGGAAGCAUCUGUGUCACACUUGCCCCGUUUCACAUCUGUUGAGAUGCACAAGAUACGUUUUUGUGACAUAAGCUUUCAACUAGGUGCUGCAUACCUUUAUUGUCAUCAGGGCGACUGUACACAUACUUUUGUAAUACGAGAUAUGAGGUCAGUUCAUGCUGAUGAUGUACAUAAUCGGGCUGUUUAUCCAAUAGUAACUUUUCAACUGAAGAUGCGUUUCAAGAAAUGUUAUGUUUGCAAUAUAUUCAGAGCCACAAAGGUCACAGUAGAUAACAAAUGGACACCAAAAAACCCUUGUUAUUUUUGUGAUGAAUGCUUUUCCCUACUUCACCUAGCAGAGGAUGGCUCUCCAUUGUAUACUGACUUCAUAGAAUAUGAUUAUAACCAUGAUUAGUUGUUAGCCAACUCAAACAGAGAAAGUUAGGGCACAUGUUCUUUAGGAGGCAGUGAUGAAGAAUCUUGUGCAAAGGGCUGAGGAUGAAGUCUGGUAGCAACAGAUGUAUAUUGAAAAUGAUUCUCAAAGGGACAUAUAUUUUCCUGCUAAUUUAUGAAAAAUAUUUAUGGCUAACAUGCUUCAUAUUUUGUAAAUGAUGUGGCUUUGCCUUCUAAAGGGAACACACCACCGAAUACAAAAGUCCUUUUGACCUCUUUUGUGUCAAUCUAAUUUCAGUGU